AUGCGGAGGUUUGCUCCAGCUGGGGGAGAAGCUGAACUGCUCCUAAUGGGAGCCUGGCGCGGUGGCGGGGGGGGACCUUUCCCACCGCGGAGGAGACGAGGACUCACAGCCUCGGAGUGCGAGAUGCUCUUUGACCUCCUCAGUACGCGUGGUAUCUGCCUGCUGCAGCGACCAUCUGGCGCCCAGAAGCAGCCGGAGGAGGCUGCGCUGGCAGGCAGCGCAGACGGCGGGCUGGUGCUUCUCCUCCUCCUGCCGAGAGAUGCAGGUAGUGUUUCUCAGCUUCCCUAUGGCAAAGCCCUCUACACGUACGAGGGAAAAGAGCCCGGCGACCUCAAGUUUAACAAGGGGGACAUCAUCAUACUGCGGCGGAAGGUGGACGAGAACUGGUACCACGGGGAGCUCAAUGGGAACCAUGGCUUCUUCCCUGCCAGCUACAUCCAGUGUAUCAAGCCCCUCCCGCAAGCUCCACCUCAGGGCAAAGCACUUUACGACUUUGAAAUAAAGGAUAAAGAUCAAGACAAAGAUUGCCUGACCUUCACCAAGGAUGAAAUUUUGACGGUCAUCAGGAGGGUAGAUGACAACUGGGCAGAAGGAAUGCUGGGUGACAAGAUUGGCAUUUUCCCUAUCCUCUAUGUUGAGCUGAAUGAAUCCGCCAAGCAGCUCAUCGAGAUGGACAAGACGUGCUCAGCUGUCGCCUCCGGCUGCGAUGUGCCGCUGCCAACGGAGACGGCGGCAGUGGCAGCGGCAGCAGCGGCGGGUCUGGCACCAUGCUCCACGCUGGCCAGCGCUGGGGCGGCCGGGGCGGCCCAGCGGCAGGCGGAGGGCAAGAAGAACGCCAAGAAGCGCCACUCCUUCACCGCCCUCAGCAUGACGCACAAGUCCUCCCAGGCUGCCAGCAACCGGCACUCCAUGGAGAUCAGCGCCCCCGUCCUCAUCAGCUCCAGCGACCCGCGGGCGGCUGCCAGGAUCGGGGACCUGACCCACCUCUCCUCCAGCGCCCCGGCCCAGGAUUCUUCUUCGAUUGGAACAGCCACGGUGGCUGGUCCCAGGACAAGUGCAAUAAUUGGAGAUCAGGGAACACCACCGAAGGUCCAGCUCCCCCUCAAUAUCUACCUAGCCCUGUACGCCUACAAGCCUCAGAAGAACGACGAGCUGGAGCUCCGCAAAGGUGAGAUGUACCGGGUCAUUGAGAAGUGCCAGGAUGGCUGGUUCAAGGGGACGUCUCUGAGGAGUGGGAUGUCCGGCGUCUUCCCAGGCAACUACGUGACGCCUGUUUCAAGGGUGCCAGUGGGAGCCGGGCAGCCCAGGAACAGCGGAGCUGGGGGAGCGCCGGCAACGAAAGGAGCCCCGGGAGCCAUCCACCCCAUUGGGGCCAGUCACACCAACGUCGCCACGGCUGUCAGACCGGUUGUUCCUAUCACUGCGCCCCAGACGCAUCCCCAGCUACAGGCGGCCUCUCCGCAGCUGAAUAACUGCUUGAGGUAUUCGGCUCAGCAGCCAGCCAGCCAGACCCGCAACGCCAUGCAGAUGGCUCAUCCCCCAGUGCCAGCCCCGGAUCGGCCCACCGCCACGGUCUCGCCCCUGCGGACGCCCAGCUCGCCCUCCCGCCUGCCAGCAGCAGCCAUCCGGCCUCACCCCGCCAUCUCCCCGCCGCAGGGCCACCAGCCCACCCCGGGGCUCAGCCAAGGGAGCCACAGCCCCAGCACCGUGGCUCGUGCUGGACAUGCAGCAGUGUACUGGCUGGGGGGGGGGCCCCCUCCCCUGGGCCCCCCCGCCCCCCCCCCCCCCCUGCCAGCAGCAGCCAUCCGGCCUCACCCCGCCAUCUCCCCGCAGCAUGGCCACCAGCCGCCCACCCCGGGGGCCCGGCCCCUCAUCCCCCUCACCUCUGCUGCCGCCGCCAUCACCCCGCCCAACGUCAGCGCAGCCCACCUCAACGGCGAGGCGGGCGGUGGGCCCCUGGGUGGCCCUGUCACUCCUGGCCCCGCCGGCAAGGCCGAGGAGAGGAAGAAUGAGAAGCACCGGAUCUGCAAAUUUGCAGUGGUGCAGAAAGAUGUUAUAGCAGGCUCUCAGUCAUCAAAACCAGAUGGCCAAGUCAGAAGCCGUCUGCCUCGCUACGUGGAAGAAGUUGAUGGUGGUGCCGGGGCAAGUGCCACAGGCACAAAGGAGAAGAAGAGCGGGCUGCUGAAACUUCUAGCAGGAGCAUCAACAAAAAAGAAGUCACGCUCCCCACCGUCCGUGUCCCCCACACACGACCCCCAGGCAGCCAUCGAAGGAGUCCUGCAAGGGGCGGUGGGACCUGAGCUCUCCUCCCUCCCCAGCCACGGCAGGGCCGGCUCGUGCCCUAUCGAGAGUGAAAUGCAGGGAGCCAUGGGGCUGGAGCCUCUGCACAGGAAAACAGGCUCCUUGGAUUUGAAUUUUUCCAUCCCUUCUCCUGCCAGGCAGCCCCUCUCUUCCAUGGCAGCUAUUCGGCCAGAGCCCAAGCCUUUGCCCCGGGAAAGGUACCGCGUUGUGGUCCCGUACCCGCCGCAGAGCGAGGCUGAGAUCGAACUGAAGGAAGGUGAUAUUGUGUUUGUGCACAAGAAACGGGAGGACGGCUGGUACAAAGGGACAUUGCAGAGAAAUGGCAGGACGGGCCUCUUCCCCGGCAGCUUUGUCGAGAGCUUCUGA